AUGCAAUAACGUCCAAUAAUUUAAAGAGAUUUACAAGAAAAAAGAGAUGUAAUAAGUAAUUGAAUAAUUAGAAAGCUGUAAGAUCUUUACAUGAAUAUAAAAAGAGUGUAGAACUUAAUUAUUAAGAGUAUGUUUCAUAAGCAUCUGAAUAAUAAAUGAAUGAUUUUGAAAGUCUUUCUAGACCUUCAGUAAAGAGUAUGCCUGUAAAGACAAGAGAUUUGCUAAAUAAAUACAAAGCUUAACUUGAAAUAUAACCAAAAUUUUAAGUAGUGUAAAAACCAAAUCAAUAAUUGGAAAUUAAAAAAAAAAAUUUAGAACUUGAAGAACAUUAAUAAAGUGUUUCAUCUCCACGUUCUGAACCUCCUAAGAAUCCAUUUGAAGAUAGUCGUAAAACUAAAUAAGAUGAACCAAAUAUGUCAUUUAGUAGAUAAUAAGAAGUUAAAUUGCCUGAUAGUCAAAUUCAAGAAGAAAUAAUUUAAACUGAUUAAGAAGGUCAAAAGAAUCCUUUUGAAAGUUCAAGUGUAAUGCAAUAUACUUAAACAUAAAUGCUUGAUCCAUAUACAAAAACAAUUUCGGAUAGAAAUUAAGUAAGUCAUUAUACAAGUCAAGAAAGUAGUAAUAUAUAAAAUUUAAGUUAAACUUAAGAAAAAUCAAUUGAUUCUGAAUAAUUUUAUGAUACUAUAGAAGAAUAAGGAUAAUUCUAACAAUCAGGUAAAGUUAGUAUGGGAACUUAAUGUUAAAAGUUUGAUCAUAACUAUUAACAAUCUUCAAGAACUUAUAAUAGUAUAAAAGAAGAAAUUUAAGAUGAAUCAAGUAGUAUGACACAUUCAUCUCAUUAAGAAGAAAAAGCUCAUUAUUAAUCAAAUUAAAGUCCAAUUUAUGAAAGCAUAGAUUAAGAGUCAUAAUUAGUAGAAACAACUUAGAGAUGGAGUUAGUAUUAAACUAUUCCUUAAAAUACAGCUUAAUUCAAUCCUAAUGUAUAACCUACUAUUAUUGAAGUUAAAUAAGAAUAUAAUAAUUCUUUAUAAACAAAAUAAGAUUCAUCUAAUAAUGAUAUCAGUUAUGGUUAAUCAUUUGAUUAGGCAUAAUAAUCUAGUUAAUUAAAUAAUUAAAUUAAUUCUAAAAUUAUAGAGAAAGAUUCUUCAAAAGAAGUGAUUACCAUUAAUAAUCAUAUUAUAACUAAAAAACUAUCCUAGGAAUUGGUUAUAGAUAUGGAAAAAUUUGAAAAAAAUAGUCAUCUACUGAAUAGUAUUAAUAAAACUUAAUUAUUGUUUAUUACUGAAAAAUAUUUUGAUUACAUGGUUGAAUAAAAUAAUAGAAAUUUGUUGAAAGAAUUUCGAUUGUUAAAAAAGUUAUAAUUGUUCAUUUAUAAAAGAAAUCAUUUAAUUUUAAACAAGUGUUUGAAACAAUUAAAGAUUUAUAAAGAGACUUAAUUAGAGAAAUAUGAAAAAGAUAGGAUAGCAAGAUAAUAUAUUUUUUAAAAUUAAUAGAAAUUAAAAAGUAAUGUAUUUUUAAUUCUAAAAUAAAAUAAAAUUGCAUAGUAAUAAUUUAUUUAGAAUUUUAUUCAAUUAAUGAAUAAUCAUAAAUAGAAGAUUUUUCUUAAUAAAUGGAAAAAUUAGGUAUAUAAACAAAAAAUGAAAAAGCAAAUGGAUCUUUAAUAUAAGCAAUUUUUAUUCACGGGUUGGUUAAAUGUAGUUAAAAGAGAGAGAAAAGAAAAAGAUAUUAAAUGUUUGAUGAAAUAUUAUAUUACAACACUAAAGAAACAUUAUUAAUCUUGGAAAUAUUUCACAUAUUAAUAAUAAAGACUUUAGACUAAAUUUUUAAAUGCAUAUACAAAUGUAAAUUUGAUGAGGAAAAAGUUUAUUUUGUAAUAAUGGAUUAAUUUUGUUUAAUAAAUGAAAAAAGAGAAAGAAUUUGAAGCUUAUGCUAGAUAGGCCAACGAAUACAUUCCUGUAAAGGUAAACCUUAAAACUCAAAAUAUAAAAAUCUAUAAUAUCAAAUGA